UCAUCCUGUUUUCCGUUUCUUCCUGUGGGCCGCCGUCCCUCUCUCUUUAUCAGCCCUCCGCUUUCAUCCCAUAGGAGAAGCUCUGAUCACUUCAUCCAAUUCUGAACCCUAUCCUCUCUCUCUCACUCGGGAAGAAGAUAUUGGGGUCUCUGUUCUCAGAGGACUCUUCUAGACGAUUGAUGGACUGUUGCCUUCAUGCUUCCCUAGCGAAGAACCCGGUCUUCGCUCGCCAUAGUUCGGCCGUCGCCUUCGUUGAUCGCGCCUUCUGUCGUCGAUCGUUGGCUGGAUCCCGAUCGCCGAAGCUUGGUUCCGUCUCCUUCUCCGGGUUCUCGUCCUGCUUCCUGGGUUUACUUUUGAGAGAUGGGGCCGGACAGUGUGGCAGUAGAGUCAGAUACGGGAAUUCGACCUGUGUGAUCCUUCCAUUAGCAAGCGCUGGAGUCAAUGAGCGCGAAACCGACGCGGUCACUACGCCGUUGGAGCUGACAUCUCCUGCGGGCAAAUUCCUGACUGGUAUACUGCGGAACCAGCGGCAUUUAUUUGCCGCCGCCGUUGCCGAACAGUUGGAGCAAUUGGCGGAAGAUCGACAUGGUGCUAUCUCUCGCAAGCGGAGUAGCGCGGACACCGUUGAGUGGUUGCUUCACAGUAGGAUAGCAGAACUCAAGGAAGAAGAAUGCAAGGUUGCUGUUGAGGAGGUCAUGUACAUGCUGGUUGUUCACAAAUUUUUAGAGAUUGAUGUCCCCAUGGUUCCAAGGCUCACUAGAUGCACCUGCAAUGGCAAACUUGGUACAUGGCCUCUAAAGGACCACGAACUUGAAUCAGUUCAUGGAAGUGAGAUUCUUGAGAUGGUAGAAGAACAUCUCUGCAGGGUCCUUGGUCAGAGAGGGAAUGCUGUAGCCUCUGACAACUGGACUGCAACCAGGAUUCGCAGGCUUCACCUGGGACGAGUGUAUGCUGCUUCAAUUUUGUAUGGCUAUUUUCUCAAGUCUGCCUGGCAGAAGCAUUGCCUCGAAAAGAACUUCAUCAAUACAGAUCGAGAUUUCCCUGUCACCUGUACCAUAAGGCUUCCACCUCCUGGCUUCUGGCCCGGAGCUUCAGAUGAAGAAGUAAUUGCCACCGCUGCAACAGCCAAGCUUCAACCAUAUUCUACUUGUGCUUCUCGUGCACAAAUGCAAAUGAAAAAUGUGUAUAGAAGCACCUUCAAGAAAUACAUUCUUUCAUUUGAUAUGGAAUCUUUUCAAACAUGUGCAACACUGAAAUCAAAGGAAGCAGUGAAUCUGGUGGAGAAGCACUGUUGGGCACUGUUUGGUCGAUCUGGAAAUGCUGGCCUAGGUGAACUCCAGGAUGAUGAGAUACUCACAGUGACAUUUUCCAGCUUGAGGAGGUUAUUAUUGGAGGCUAUUGCUUUUGGUUCUUUUCUCUGGGAUGUGGAGAGCUAUGUUGACUCUGUUUAUAGAUUAAAUGAGUAGGAGCGGUUUUGUGCAUCUCUCUUUCUGGUUUUAGGUCUUCCAUUAGAUUAGUUUCAGGAAGUUCUUAACAAGAGAACUUGAAUUUGAAUUUCAUCGACCGGAUGUACAGUGUAAUUAAAUCUAUGUGAAUAGAGAUGAAGCGAGUGGUGUUCCUUUGCCCA